GCUCCUGGAGACCUGAGCCUCCUGGUAAGAAGUCUUAAGUACCCUGAGGCCACUAUGCUGUAAGAAAUCCCAAACUAGACCACCUGGAGAAACCUUAACGCUAUGUGAAAGAAGAGACAGAGAGAUGCCCCAGCUGCUCCAGCGACCACUUUUCCACAUCCAGCUGAGGACAGAUUGCAAUAGCAGAAGAGACUUGCCUCAGGCCAACCCCAACCAAGCCCUUCCUGAAUUCCUGACUCAAAGAAAUUGUGAGAGGAAGAGAUUAGUCCAGAGACACACGCAGAGGGACGACCAUGUGAAGACACAGCAAGAUGGGAGGCUGUCUAAAGGCAACGAAAUAAGCCUCAGAAGAAACUAACCCCGCCAGCACCUUUACUUCCAUACUUCCUAUUCUCCACCUUAUAGUAGGCCCACUACAUGACUUUCUAGUGUGUUUAGCCACCAGAGCAGAUGGAUACAGCAUAGAAAAGGGCGGGAGGGCCCAGAGAUCUGCCAUUGGCUGAAAGACUCAUCAUCUCAUCUCCCAUUUUCAGCAUUUUUAAAAAGUUCAUCUUUCAAAACUGGGACAUCUUUCAGACCAUGCAGGAGCAGCGUUCCAGAGGGAGAACUUGACAGUGAAGGAGCUUGGAUAACUCUUUCAGCUGACCAAAGGCCUGGAGGAGAGGAAGCCCAGCAGGACUCAGACCAAUAGUCAAAAUGACCUGAGUGCAGUAUCAGUGAUGAGAGAUUCUCAACUCCUGGCUGAUCUUGAGGAAUGACAUUUGUUCCUCGAAAAACAUGGAUUUCAGAACGUAUGCGAUUUGCAGAAGCCAACGAGAGUGACGCCUUGUCAGGGCCCUGCUUCAGGCCCCAGCACUGAGAUGCUUUCCUCAGGAGUUUGCCUUGACAACAAUGACCCCGUGAAUAAUUCAGAUGUGAGUCCCCACCCCGCCUGGGCGUUCUAAGCAUGGCGGACACUAUCUUUGGCAGUGGGAGUGAUCAGUGGGUUUGCCCCAAUGAUCGGCAGCUUGCCCUGCGAGCCAAGCUGCAUACAGGCUGGUCUGUGCAUACCUACCAGACAGAGAAGCAGAGGAAGAGCCAGUGCCUCAGCACGGCUGAAUUAGAGGCCAUCCUGCAGGUCAUCCAGAGGGCCGAGCAGCUCGACGUCAUGGAGCAGCAAAGGAUAGGGCGGCUGGUGGAGCGGCUGGAGACCAUGAGGCGCAACGUGCUGGGGAAUGGCCUCUCCCAGUGUCUGCUCUGCGGGGAGGUGCUGGGCUUCCUGGGCAGCUCGUCGGUGUUCUGCAAAGACUGCAGGAAGAAAGUCUGCACCAAAUGUGGGAUCGAGGCCUCCCCUGGCCAGAAGCGGCCCCUGUGGCUCUGUAAGAUCUGCAGUGAGCAGAGAGAGGUCUGGAAGAGAUCGGGGGCCUGGUUUUACAAAGGGCUCCCCAAGUACAUCCUCCCCCUAAAGACCCCCGGCCGGACUGAUGAUCCCCACUUACGACCUUUGCCUGUGGAGCCAGCUGAGCAAGAGCCCAGGAGCACUGAGACCAGUCGAGUCUACACAUGGGCCCGAGGGAGAGUGGUUUCCAGCGACAGUGACAGUGACUCGGAUCUCAGCUCCUCUAGCCUAGAAGACAGACUCCCACCCUCUGGGGUCAAAGAUCUGAAAUGUGACAAGCCCCGCGGGGAAUCAGGUGGCAGUGUGGAGUCCCCCAAGAUGGGGCUCGCCUGCCUGCCUCACCACCUCUCGGGGAGCCAGAGCAGCCUGGCCAGCGAGACAGGGAUGGGCCCUACAGACCCACAGAGGGGCACCCCACCCUGGCCGGACCCAAAGGGCCCCAGCAAAAGACACACCCCGGCGAGUCCCCACUGCUGAUGUGGCCUCUGCGAGUCCCCUCUGCCUGCCCUGGGCAACGGCCUCUUCGAUGCAGGAAGCAGACCUUCCAGUGAAGAGGUUGAGAGAGAGAGAGAGAGAGAGCACGCAUAUGCAUACACGCUGGAGCCAGACCCUUCCUGCCUCCUUCCCGACUACUCCUGGAACCCUCACAUCCAACCCUAUCAGCUGUGACCUCCUACUUAACAAACCAGUGUUUGCAGGACUGAGUCUGCUUCCCCCCACCAGUGCCUUUCUGUAUCCUUUCUCUCCUGGGAGCCCUCCUCACCCACCCCACCCCCCAGCCAUUCCACUGAGCUAUGACCUUUAUUUAUUGUCCUCCCCAACUCAGUCUACCCCAUGUUUAUUUUAAGUGGGCUCUCUUCUUGGGCUGGAAGGACGUCCAAACCCACCUUGUACUCCCUCCACCCGUGUGCACUGCAGUUUCAGAAGGCACCAGGCAGGCUUUCCCCAUAAUUCUAUUAAUAGAAGAAAUCCAGCCCUCAGCAUUAUCCUUCAAAGCUGAACUUGGUCCCUAGAGACAAGCGGUGGAGGCCAGAGCAGGUGGGAUGAGAGACUCCGUCACCCUUUUCCUCUGCCUGCAGCUCUGGGGAGGUGGGAGAAGCUCCCUCCCUCAGGGCUGACCCAGGAGCCGCUGUUGAAACCUGGCUCUUUAUUGAUUCUGGGAACCCCUCCGUUGGCCUCCCUGGGUUUUGCUCAGAUUCUCCGCAGCUUGUGGAACUGAGAAUGGUUCUGGUGAAGACCGAAUUCACUCACUGAAGAGCAGCUUUCAGCCAAGUCCCCAGCUGCAGCACGAGGCUCCCCUAAGCCAUUAAUUCACUUCUCUUCAGUAGGUUCAGUUUGGCAUAAAAAAUAUUUAAUUCAAAGCACGGGCAAACGCUUCUGGAAAACCUUUCCCCGAAGAGAGAACGUGUAUUUAUGUGCGUGUAGGUGUUCGCACCCUCCCAUCCUUCCUGCCCCCCGCCCAAUGCCCCAUGCCUCCACCCAGUUCUCAAAGGGCCUACUUUUCUCCAGGCUCUUAGGCCCCCACCAUUAGCUUUUUUGCCCUUGCCUCUAGCAGACAGAGGGAAAAAAAAAAAAAAUCUCACUGCUUGCCUGUGACAAGUUAUGCUUCAGAAUAAAAAUAAAGAUUAGGAUUUGCAUUGA